UUUUCUAACACUUUCUAUUAUAUGAUGCUAGAAGAAAUAUAAUUGUGGCAAGAGAGGAUAUAUUAAUAUGAAUUUUUAUUUUUUUCAGGUUGAGUUUGUUGGUGGUCCAAUGUGUUGGAAUACCCGCCUUUUCUCUGCAACUGCAGGUGGUGGAGCAUUCUGCAAUGGCCAAAGGAUCCAAGUGAGUGCAACGAAUCAGGUGGAACGAUCUCUUCUAGUUACAGGCUUUGGGUAUGAUCACGAUGAUGCGUGGGCUACUAACAUAGACUUAUUCAAAGAAUUUACGGAUGUCAGCAGGGGUGUAAGACGGCUUGGUGCAGCUGCUGUGGACAUGUGUCAUGUAGCAUUGGGAAUUGUAGAAGCUUAUUGGGAAUAUCGUCUAAAGCCAUGGGAUAUGGCUGCUGGUGUUUUGGUAUGGUUUAUGAGUUUCACAUCAUUGAUAAUUAUUCUGACAAUUGUUGAUCUUACUUUAUUGCCUGACGAGCAAAUUUUGAAUGGAAAUCAACCUGAUAUGGAUGAUUUUCUACCUUCUGAGAAUCAAGAUGAAGAGGCAACUGCAAUGGUUGAAGAAUCCCCUUCAGGUGAUGGAAUUUCUGACAUCACUUGCGGGAUGGAAAUCAAGCAUUCAAGUUUGGUUACUGCUCCUAACCAGCUCCUUGGGGAUUAA